CCUCUUUCAUCUGUUUCUUUCAUUCUCCUCCAUCAAUGGCAGCGGCUUCUUCUGCAAAAUCCUUCUUCCAAUCCCUGAAGCGCUACUUUAAGAAACCGUGGGAGAUCACCGGCCCCUGCGCCGAUCCCGAGUACAGGAACGCGGUCCCCCGCGCGCUCGAGUACCGCCGCUUCUGCCCCGCCACCCAGCCGGGCGUGGCCUCCAUCCCCUCGUCGGAUCCGGAGACCGUCUUCGACAUCAAGUACUACACCCGGGACCGCCGGAGGGACCGACCGCCCGUCCGCCGCACCAUUCUCACCAAGGCCCACGUCGAGAAGAUGAUGAAGGAGAAGAAGUUCGAUGCCUCGGACUUCCCGCGGGUCUACCUCUCCGAUGUUGUCGUCGAGGACGGGAGCACCAUUGGUGGCGGGUACCAGAAAUAGGAUUUGGAGCUGCAUGGUGAAGUUCUGCAGAUCACAUUGCAUCCACUUCCUAAGCCUGAAAAACAUAGUGGAUUCUCAAAUGGCAGUGUAUGAUGUUCUUUUUCAUUUUUGUGAUUAGAACCUCUCAUUCCUUUCUUUUUUUUUUUCCUUUCUUUCUUCUCUCCUUAGAUGAUCCCUGCUUUGGUAAAUCCAAUUGCAAUGGCAGUUGGGUAGUGCAGAAAAUAAAAGCACAUGGGCUUUUCAUCUUGGGCCAUGAAUUAUUAGUCCUGAAAUUGCAAGGAUGCAUAUGGCACC